UGGUUAUUACUUAUUAUACUUAUUAGUGUCCUGUGACGUGCAUUUGAUAACGUAAACUGUGAAUAGUCAAAUCCCUAAUUCUCCCAAACGACGUGAGAGAAGAGAGAAACUGAAUCUCGGGUUUGGUGGACUCUAAAACUGUCUGGGUUUAAGUUGUACAGAGCACUGUUUCUAAUGGUUCAGUUUCAUAGGCUCUGACCGGUAAGGAGAUUGACCGUUGAUUUCGGAGAUGGGCCACCGAGAUGCGACUGUUUUUCCUAUGCAGUUUAGGUUUGGAACAGGGGCGGUCCCAAGGGCUACCCGGGCCUAGCACAACUCCAAAUACGCUUGUGCAUUAUACUAAUGUUUAGGUUAAUUAGGAAAAAUUCUAUGGGAUUAGCCCCUGCAAGAAGUCUUUAGAGCGAAAAAAAUUUCUUAAAAUUUCUACAUGCCUGAGAUAAAAAUUCUCAACACUUCAAGUUAUCAAUCAUUUUUCGUUUGCAUGUACAAAAUUAAACCGUAGUUGCGCACAUACACACAAUAUCAUUUCUUCUUCAAACCGCGAGUAGCAAUGGAUAAUUUGAGUCAGAGUAUCUCCGGAUGUUAUUCUCUUUUCCUUUUCUUUUUCCCGGUCAAACUCAAGAUUUAAAUAAAAACCCUCAAAACUCACUCCAACUUCUUUCAAGCUUAUAUCAAACUGAGUUUUACUUAAAUCAAGAAAAGUCAAACCUUUACUCAAAAUUUUGAAAGUUUGCUUUGUAUCUUCUAAAUGAACAAGAAUGUCGACUAAGAUUUUUACCAAGACUUAUGCUUAGAUUUCAGACACCUGUUGGAGUGCUGGAAGGUUUAUUCAUCUUUUUCACAAAUUAGAGUUGGAAAUAGUCUCAUCAUUGGAUUAGUUAAUACGUGUAGUAGUAGCUUCGUAUGGGGACAUGGAUUUGAGGAGGGUUUUAUUCUUGGAAAUUGUCUCAUCAUUGGAUUAGUUAAUAAAAGGUGUAGUAUUAGCUUCGUAUGGGGACAUGGUUUUGAGGAGGGUUUUAUUCUUAAUAUUUCCCCUUUUGCUCAGUAAGUCUAUCCACAAAUCCAUCAUCCAAGACAGGCUUAAGGUAGAGCCAUUCUUUCGUCAGAUCCUUCAGUUAAAUACCGUAUAAUUGUAUUAUUCUAUGUAACAUUUGCAUGUACGUUACUCUGAUCCAUCUUGUUUAUCAAUCUUAAAAGCUGGACUCCUUACUCACUCCAACCCAAACCAUCUAAAGUCUACUUAUUCUGAGUUUAUCUUCUGAACUUAGUUCGAGCAGAUGUAGGCUCAAGAAGACUCAGCCGAUAAAUGAACAGAUGCAUACUAAUCAUGCAUGUGCAUAUUUAAUGUACCAGCAUUAUGUCAAAGAUCUUUUCAGUUGUGGACGGGAUUAAAUUCGAGUAAUUUUGUUAUAAACAAAUGAUCGAUAUUGACUAUGUGAUUUCCUUCGUACAGCUUGUGAAACGUACAUUUGCUAUAAUAAGAGAGAUGUUAAUGGGCUUUUUCCUUAUUGUUAUUCUAUUUUGUGCCAAGCAAUUUAACAACGACAAAUAUGCUUGGGGAGCUUACCUCUUGAUUUGUGGAAAUAGUUUGUAACAUGGAAACAGCUGGCUUAGAAUGUACCCAGGAAAAAAGGACAAUGAGUGGCUCAACUUCAGACAUAAUCAGUAAUCUUUCAUGCAAUAUCCUAGUAAAAAUCAUGGUGUGUUUUACGGUACAAGAUGCUGCGAUCUGGGAGAGGCUUCCGAUUACUUUGGACAGCCUUAUAUAUUUCCAGUUGCAUGAUGUCUGUUCUGGGGAACCAGAUGAGGACAUAUAUGGAGAAAGUUAGACAACGCUCCGGGUAGCUUUAUUCUUUGAUUCGUUUACUUUUGCUGGUGCGGAGUGGUUAGCAACAUGAAGAAAACAAGUAGUUCAAGGAUGGCCCCAAAAAAAAGGAAUACAUGUGACUCAAAUUCAGACAUUAUUAGUCAUGUUCCAGGCAAUAUACUAGAAAAAAUCUUAAUGUGUUUGCCUAUACAAGAUUUAGUGAGGACAAGUCUUUUAUCAAGGAAAUGGAGAUAUGUGUGGAUGAAACUUCCUCAACUGGUAUUUGAUACGACAUUCUACGGGGUUUUGGAUGGAAGAACGCAUGCUGAACUGUUGAUGAUUAUUUAUCAAGUUCUGUUACUUCACCAUGGACCACUGACCAAGUUCAGACUCUCUUUAUCUGAACUGGAAAGCUGUCCUCAGAUCGAUCAGUUGAUACUAUUUGUUUCAAACAAUGAUAUCCAGGACUUCACCCUUUGCUUUUGGAAGGGGGAACUUUAUAAGUUGCCAUCAUCGCUAUAUUUAUGUUCGCAACUGAAGCAUUUGAAUCUCCGUUCUUGUAUGCUUAAACCUCCUUCUGGAUUUGAAGGAUUUACCAGGCUCCUUUCCCUUGUUCUUAAAGAAGUUGUCAUUGCUGAGGACGUACUUUCAAGUCUGAUUUCCAGCUGCCCAUUGCUUGAAGAGCUGGCACUUUAUAGUUCCACCAGUUUAGAUUCCCUCGAAGUUAAUGGUCCUAAUCUUAAAAAAGUACGCUGUGACGGCCAUUUCAGAUCUAUUUGUUUCACAAAUACUUCUCGUCUUGCAAACGUCGAAAUAUAUUCGAAAGGAGUGAGAGAGGAUCCAUUCCGUAGCGAAGAAGAAAUAUCUAGCUCUGUCAUGCUUCUUGAGAGUGUACCUGUAAUUGAGUCUCUGGGAUUGGACUUUUGCUAUGUUAAGGGCAUAGCUGCAUAUGGUGUACCAACAACGCUUCCUACUACUUUGAACAACCUUAAAAAUAUCGAGUUAUAUGAAAUUUGUUUCGGAGAACGAGAUGACAUCUCUGUUCUUAUUUGCUUAAUCAGAAGCUCCCCGAACUUAGAAGAAGUUACUAUUCAUGCAUUUACCGGUGCGACUUCUGCUAGUCCUACUGUUCUAGAUUUUUCGGAAGUGCAUGGCUGUUCAGAUGUCUCUGUGAAUCAACUUCGUAGAGUGGAUAUGAAAAAUAUCUCUGGCACAAAGCCUGAAUUAGAGUUCAUUAAGCUUUUGUUAGCCAAGUCACCGAUGCUGGACACAAUGCUUAUCGAGCUGAACUCAGAGAGUGUUGCUGACGAAUUGCGGAUUGUGAAAGAAUUGACAAGACUUCGUCGUGCAUCACCUCAGGCAGAAAUGAACUUCGUACAUCAAGAUGAAGAUUGAGGUCUAAAAGAUGCAUUGUGUACUUUCUGAUCAGUUAUGGUUGCCUAAUUCUUCUUAUGAUCUUUUUUGCUGUUUUUCAUCUGUUUGGUCCAAAAUUGUGAGACGGAGGCCCAACGAGUUGCUUUUAAUUAACAUCUUCUUUCACGAAUUGUUAGGGAACAUAAACAUUUUCGGAGUACCUGUUUAAUCCGCAUCUUCAAAACUAA